AUGUCCUUCACCACCGCCAUCAAGUCUAGCCUUCAAGGCUCUUCUCCUGCAUUCGGCUUCUGGCUCACACUUCCCAGCGCUGCUGUUGCAAAGACCAUUCUACAUGGAUCAUCAGGAUCCAAGACCAGAUUUAGCUGGGUUCUUGUUGAUGCAGAGCAUGGUUUGAUCUCUGAUCAGCACUACUACGAGCUUGUCAACGCUAUCGGCUCUGAAAAUGCGAGCCCUAUCAUUCGUGUGCCCUGUGCAGAAGAAUGGAUGAUCAAGCGCGCACUUGACGCUGGUGCUCAUGGCAUUAUGACCCCUAUGUGUCACUCAGAGGUGGACGCUGCCAAUAUUGUUAAGUACACAAAGUACCCUCCUGUCGGCACACGAGGCUACGGACCCAUGUUCGCUCCCCACUCAAUGCCAAAUGUGGAGCCCGGCACUCAAUACGAUGAUGGUGCCAACGACGGCAUCACUGUCGCUGUUCAAAUUGAGUCAAGACCUGGUGUUGAGAAUGUGGAGAAAAUUGCCGCUGUGCCUGGAAUUGAUGUCCUUUUCAUUGGACCUUUUGAUCUGGCUAAGCAGAUGGGUGUUACCCGCUGUGGCGAGGAGCACGAGGCUGCUAUCCAGCGUAUUUUGGCUGCUGCCCAUGCAUCUGGCAAGAAGGCUGCUAUCUUCUGUACCGAUGGUAAUGACGCCCGGGCUCGUGCUGAGCAAGGCUUUGAUAUGAUUUCUGUCAUCACUGAUGUUGGUGUCUUCCGCACUGGAAUGCUGAAUGAGCUUAAGACUGCCAAUGGUGAGAAUGUCCAGGGUGGCUCUCGCGAGGGUUACUAA